AUGGCCACCCCUCAGACAAGCUUCCUGACACACCCAGACCUCACGGGCCUCAGCAGAUCCCCUGAGAAUGGCCGAGAGGGGUCCCAGGGGUCCUGCAGCUCAGCUGCGCUGGGUCUGCCAGGGCUCUUCUGCCUGGCUGUGCUGGCCGCCAGCAGCUUCUCCAAGGAGCAGGAAGGGGUGAGUAGCCCAGUACGCUGGUGGGAGAAGUCCCCCCAGCUGGGAACCCUGGCAUCAGAACCCCCACCCGUGGCGGAAAUCAGCCUGAAGGUCUCCAUUGCCUACAAAGUCCUGGAAGUUGUCCUCAAAGGCCGCCAGGUGCUCACAAUGCUACUCACCCCAGGGGCCCCCACCCAUCACCUACCUACUCCCUCUGGGAGAGCCCAGACAUCCCAGGUGGCCAAGAAGGUGGUGAGGACCCAGGAUCCAGCCUCCUUCAACGUCAGUGUCACACUCAGGCCCAGGCCAGACCUGCUCACCUACUCCUGCCAGGCACCUCUGUCUUGGGUGUCCCCGAGGCUGCAGAUGUCCUGGGAGCCAUGGGCUAGUGAGUGCCUGGGGGGUGCAGGCUGGGGAGCCAGUGGGAUGCAGGUGGACAGGGUGCUCCUGGGGGUGGGAUAG